CAAACCUGUCUGCGAAUUUGACCGGAAUUACACAGGCAAAAAGAAGCUGUACAUCGGAGCUCUGUUCCCCAUGAGCGGCGGCUGGCCCGGGGGCCAGGCCUGUCGACCGUCCGCUCAGAUGGCCCUGGAUCUGGUCAACUACAGGAAAGACAUUCUCCCCGAUUACGAGCUGGAGCUGAUCUACUACGACAGCAAGUGCGACCCCGGGGAGGCCACGCGGCUGCUGUACGACCUGCUCUACACGGAGCCCAUAAAGAUGGUGCUGAUGCCCGGCUGCAGCUCCGUCUCCACUCUGGUGGCCGAGGCGGCCCGCAUGUGGAACCUCAUCGUGCUGUCGUAUGGCUCUAGCUCCCCGGCGCUCUCUAACCGCCAGCGUUUCCCCACCUUCUUCCGCACGCACCCGUCGGCCACGCUGCACAACCCCACCCGCGUGCAGCUCUUCCGCAAGUGGAAGUGGACCAAGAUCGCCACCAUCCAGCAGACCACCGAGGUCUUCACUUCG